ACGGAAAGUAUAAAAUAGUAGGUACAUACCUACCUAAGUAAAACAUUUAUUUUCAGGAGCCUCAUUUUAAAUAUCAUUCAAUAAAAAUGUUACAUUUCCGUUAAACAAAUAGGUUCUUAGUUUUACAGCUAAUCCAGUUAUCAGCUUUGAGUGCGUAAAAUUUUAUCUGGUCACACUGCCAAUACUGCCAUUAUACCGCCAUUAACGCCAUUUUAGCAUUCGUGCCGCCCUGGAAAUAUUGAAUGAUAAACGUACAUAAUCUUCCUAUGUGUUAUUGAUAUUUUUCUGUGAACUGUUGUGUUUUUGCAAUGUUUUUCAUUUUGUAACCGGGAUGGUGGACACUACGCUCUAGUGUAUAGGCAAUAGAAGAAACAACCAUGAGUGUCAUCAUAAGACUACAGAACCUGCCUUGGUCGGCAAACGCUCUGGAUAUUAGGAAUUUCUUUCGGGGCCUUUCGAUACCCGAGGGGGGUGUACACAUCGUAGGAGGCGAGCUGGGAGAUGCUUUCAUUGCUUUCAGUACCGAUGAAGAUGCGCGUCAAGCCAUGAUGCUCGAUGGUGGAAAAAUCAAAGAAAUCCAAGUGAAACUUUUACUUAGUUCCCGUUCGGAAAUGCACAAAGUCAUAGAGACCGCUCGUCAGAAUGUUCCUCUCCUCAGUCUUGCGACUGCAGCACCUACUGUUUCCGCGGUAGCCCCGAUCAACGUCCCACAAAACAAUUUAGCUGCUUCCUCUUUGACUGUUCACUCGAGUUCGAUACUACCCACCGUGACACCAUUCUCAGCAGCCCUCGGCACUAAUUCGCUCACCAAUUUCGGGAUUCCGGGUCUAGGAAAUCCUCAAGAAAUUCCUCAACCUGCCGUCAUUGAGCCUCCGCCGCCCCUCAUCAGUCCGAGCAAUAAUAAAGACGAUCAAUUCGAUGAUGAAAGAGAGGAAGAAAAAACCGAUAGAAAACGCAGCCGCGAAAAAGACAAACGCAGAUCCCGGUCGCGUUCCAGAUCCCGCGAUCGGAAGGAAAGGAAGCGGGAUCGUCGGGACCGUUCUCGCUCGAGGGAACGCCGGCGCCGUGACCGAAGUCGCAGUCGGGAACGAAGAGGGCGCAAGCGAGAUAGGAAGGAUCGGAGCCGCUCCAGAGACCGGUCCUCGUCUCGUCGAUCACGGGACCGCCGCAACGACAGACGGUCUCCAGGCAAUGCUCAAGAGAAGAUGUCAGACUAUACCCCGUCGGGAGAUUCAACGAUGCCGCCAGUACUGCCUGGCUUAAAAAAUAAUAUAAACGCUCCCGUAACUCAGGGGACGACGCAAACAGUGCAAAACGGACCGCUAAGUUCCGGUAACGAAUCCAUUCAAACACAUCGAUUCACUGAUCCCGAUAUUAUGGACGCUUAUAACAAGCUUCAGGAACUUGGCAAGAAGCGGAACCCGAACGCGUUCCAAGGUGAUCAGGCCAACGGAGGGGGGAAAAUGAGUGCGGGACGCGGGGGGAGCACGCGCGGUGGCUACAGGCGAGACGGUCGCGUUUCACGGUUCGAUAAUGAGCCGCAGCGUGGCUGUUGUCUCGUCGUCAGAAACGCGCCCAACCACACCAGCUACGGCGACGUCCGGCGUUUCUUCCCUUUCAUGAUCGACAAGCAUGGCAUCAAAAUGAUCAACGACAACACGGGUCGUCGGACCGGUACAAUUUACGUACGCUUUUGCGACGCGCGCUCCAAGCUCCUCGCGUUACAACGUAAAAACAAUGAGCUGAAGGGGGUCGAGGUGAUCGUUGAGGAUUUGGAUGACGAGACUUACGAAACCGCCGUCGACUCGUUCCUGCCGUACCGAGACGACAACGACGAUGAAGAACAGAGUCUCGCUACUACAGAAACGGCCGGAGAUGUCUCUCAGCCGCCAUUCAACGUCCUCAAACUUUCGGACUUGCCUAAUUUCGUAAAAGAGCACGACAUAAUGAAGGUCUUUGGGGACUUCUCGCUCACGUCGAUAAUCAUCAACGACUGCCGCGUUUCUCGCACAAAAAUCGCCUACGUUCAAUUCGCAAAGAACGAGGAUGCGAGACUCGCUCUAGAGCGGAAAGAAAAGUGCAUUUUCGGUAGACGGCAAGCAACCUGCGUUUCGGUGUCCACUGAGGAAUUCGAAAAGGUAAAAUCACAAAAUGAAAAAAUGUCCAAUGUACAGGUUAACACAGAGAAUAAUGCGGAAGAGACAGCCCCCGCGCCCCGCGAUCCCCGCCAGCGCCGCGCCGACUUGCCCCCCGCCGUCCAGCCUGCACCGUUCUUCGCACCACCCUUUGUUCCCCCGCAGUCGUUCCCGCCGGUGGCUUUCGGAUCACCGCAGUUCAGCGGAUUCCCUGGGGGCUCUGUAGAUCCUCGCACGGCCGCCAAGAACUGGGCACAACGACCCCAGUUCCAGCCUCGAGCAGAAACGUCGAUCCCGGCACCCAAAGUUGCCAUCUCGACGGAAAUGGACGACGCGCCACUCGACUGCGUACUUAUGAAGGGUCUCCCCCGCGGCGCCACAGAUCGCACCAUCGUCACGUUCCUGGCGGACACCGGAGCCGUCCCGGCGAGGAUACAUCUCAUGCUCGACACCAACGGACUGCCUUCCGGAGACUGCUUCUGCGAAUUCCGCUCGGCACAAGAAGCUAGGAUGGCGGCGGCAAAACAUGGAAAGGACCUCGAAGGCUGCCGCAUCACGGUAGACCUCGUCCCGCGAAGUGUCGUCGAAGAGGCAUUAGAAGGACCUAAGCAGCCGGAGCCCUCGUUGCUCGGAAACGGUCCGCCGCCUCCGUUCUUCGCACAGAUGCGCGGAGGAUUUCCACCACGCGGACCUUUUCGGGGAACCCGAGGGUUCGAACGCGGAGGCUUCGACCGAGGAGGGUUCGGUCACCGCGGUGGCUUCGAUCAGUCAAUGAACAGCUUCGAUCAGAGUCGCGGCGGGUUCAGAGGCCGCGGCGGCUUCCAGGAGCGCGGACGGGGAUUUGACAGAGGGCGGGGUCGCGGAUUCGGUCGCGGUGGGAGCGGCGGCUUCGAGAACGGACGCGAAGACGACCAGGACCCGGCGCUGCAAGAUUUCGGCGCGCCGGGCUGCGUCGUCUCCAUGGAGAAUGUGCCGUUCCGCGCGACCAUCGACGAGAUCCUGCAGUUCUUCUCGGAGUUCGAGUUGUCGCACGACGACGUGAUAAGGCGGUACAACGAGCGCGGGCAGCCGACGGGCGACGCGCGUGUCGCCUUCCGGACGCCCUUCGACGCGACGCGCGCCGUCAAGACGCACCACCUCGACACGAUCCACGAGCGCCGGAUCACCCUCAACAUCCUCUAGCGGCCCCGGAGCAGCGGGGAGGCCAGUGAAGACCUCGGCCCGAGCUUCGACAUCGAAUCGGUUCCCAACGCUAGCCCUGUUUGUGAGUGAUCCCGUUGUGUCGCUGUGACGUUUUACCGAAAGGACGGUCGGACGUUGUGCGUUUCGCGACGCUCUAAUGUAGAUAGUAAUUUUUAAGGACGCGUCAUUCGUUUAUUCGCUUGAAGUGAAUAAAUACUUUUUUUUAAAUAAAACUCUGAAAUGUU